AUGGAUUUGACGGCCAGAGAGCGACAAUGGGCUCUGGGGGUCAAGGAAGCAGUUCGCCUAUCCGAAGAUAUUGAUAGUGCACUCGUUAGUGACUUUGACGUGGCUUGUCAUGCUCUCAUUGGUCGAGGAGACGAGACCCAAGCUUUGGAACGGAUCAAAGGCAUGGAAACAUUUCGGAGGACCUAUGGCAUUGAUGAUAGUGUGGAGCAGGGGAGCAGGUAUAUGCAAGAGUUUGUCCGGAUGCAACCCGGUGCCUUGCUGAAGCUGGAGUCAUGUCCCAUCACACAAGAGGGCGUUGUCAUCUGGGAUGCUGCUGCCUUUUGCAGCUCAUUGCCACUCACCCCGUCAACUCGGGACGUAGCUCGAGGACCGUGGAAUUGGGAAGUCCACGUCGUCACGGCCUAUUACAUGCUCCGGGCCCUUCAUUCCUGCUUCGACUCGGUGCGGGAGGGAGUCUUCCUCAUCUGCGAGUGCGAUGGGUCAAGUGCCCGCCUUUCGGUGGAGUGUGAAACGCGCCUCUAUCAUGAAUUGGGCGUCUGUUUCCCCUACAAAGUCAAGCAGAUCAUGUGCUACAACACAGGGAGUAAGUCUCCUCUUUACUGGAGUCUACUGAAACCGAUGAUGCCACAAUCAACUUGGAAUAAGCUGCGGCUGGGUUGUAGACUAGAGGACGAGGAUUCGGGGCCCAUAAAGCCGGUCCAAGGUAGAAUACCACGGCAAAAAAGACGCUUGAGUGAGUUCUACCUGCAAUCAACGAUGGAGGGAGACAAUCACUACGUGGUUCAGGGAACGCGAGAUAUGUUGGCCCGAAGAGAAGGAAACGAAACGGCGUUUCGCUUGUCUUAA